AUGUCAUUGGGACAAAGAGAUGUGGAGGGAGAUGAGAAAUCACAGCUCAGAAGCCUCAGCUGUGUCCACCAGCGUCUCAACAAGGCUCAGGUGCUUCUUGUUGGGCAUCCUCUGCACUAUGGUACACUUCCAUUAGCCAUGCUGCUACCACAGUGUCAUGGUUCCCAGCUGCCUCUGGAAGCCGAUGGCUGCUCACUGCAGGCAGGACUGGAAAUGGCAGGAAAUAACAGAAGAUUUCAGCCCCGGCCACGAUGUUUGCUGUCAGCGGAUGGAAAAGUCUUCCUCAAUUUAUGGUUCAUACCCCAUUCUUCUGAAGUGCUGAUUAUGUUCAAAACUCUGCCAGAAAAGGCAGCUUUUAAAGCCUUAAAGCGAACUCUACAGCUGAUAGCUCCUCUGCAUGAUAUCGUGGCCUACCUUGUCAGUUUUGCUAAGCUUGGCAAUUGUGCAGCAUGUUUUGAAUUUCCUCUAAGUCCCAACCCUUUGAGAGGAGACUGGGGAGGAACUGAAGGCAUUGGUUCUGAGCUUCAAGAGCUGCAGAACAUGACUGACAGCCUCCAGAGCCCCCAAGACCCUACCCGGGUGGCCCAGGCACUUCUCCUCCGGAGGGAGGUCAUGUUUUUGCAGUUUGACGCUGCAGUGAGGCAUCUCAUCCGAAGAACGUUUUUGGCAGCUGGAAAUGUUCCUGCCUACCAGUCUGUCACAGACGGCAUGUGCCAUGGGCUACCAGCACUGAGCAACUGUCUCAGGAAGAGCAUUUUUGCCUCGCAGCUCAGCCUGCCCCAGCCACUGGAUCCACGGAGCCUCCAGGCAUUUGAGCUGUUUCCUUGGAGAGCAUUUCUGGAAGAUGGAGGACUAUUCCCAGCUAUGAGUAGCAGCCCAGAUGCCCUGGAAUAUAAUAUGCAGGUAGGAUAGGUCUUCUCCAUUGUUACAGAGAGAACUGAGUGCAGACUGCAAAGAUGGUUGCCAUUGGGUCCACAGGUCAGAUCUUCCUACUCUCACCCGUGAUGAAAACUGUGUGAGAUAAGCAGGGUGUUUGAUUUUGAAGCUGUAAACCUGAGGCCAC